AUGGCAGAUCUUGCUAGCUUUGGGAGUCAUGAGCGUGAUGUUGAGCAAGCUGUCUUUAGAAGAUACUUGCGUCCUGAAAAGGAUUAUCUGUCAUUUUCACUUAUUUAUAAAAAGGGGGAACGAUCACUUGAUCUGAUUUGCAAGGACCAAGCUGAGGUAGAGGUAUGGUUUUCAAGCCUUAAGGCAUUAAUUUCCCGUGGAGAGCGUAUUAGGCGUGGAAAAAGUGAUUUAUCCAAUAGUAAUUGUUUUGACUCUCUCUUACAGGAAAGUGUUGACUUAAUUCCAAAUGAUCGUCCUAAUGCUGGAACACUAGAGUUUGCAUCAAGCAUUGCCCGUGGCAGGUUUUCUUUUGAAUCAGUAUCUCAUGAAUCUACAUCAUCUUGCUCUAGAUCAGAUACAAAUAUGCCAGUAAGGACAAGUUGUGGAGAUGGUUCUCGUGUUAGUGUAUCAAGUGUUAGCCACUCAAGUAGUGUAGGAUCAGGACUAGAUGACAUAGAAUCUCUAGGUGAUGUUUAUAUAUGGGGAGAGGUUUGGGUAGAUGGCAAUUCAUCUGAUGGAUUGGGGAGUCUAGCCUCUUGUAAGACCGAUGUGCUGACUCCUAAACCAUUGGAGUCUGAUGUUGUUCUUGAUGUCCAUCAGAUUGGGCCUGGUGAUCGUCACAUUGCUCUAGUUACAAGGCAGGGAGAGGUUUUUACUUGGGGAGAGGACUCUGGUGGAAGACUUGGUCAUGGAUUUGAAAAAGAUUUUGGUAGACCUCAUCUUGUGGAGUCCCUGGCAAUUACCAAUGUGACUUUUGUUGCAUGUGGCGAGUAUCAUUCAUGUGCUGUGUCAUCAUCUGGUGACCUAUUCACCUGGGGUGAUGGUACACAUGGUGCAGGACUUCUUGGUCAUGGCACUGAUGUUAGCUACUGGAUACCAAAAAGGGUUAGUGGUCCUUUAGAGGGACUUCAGGUUGUAUCUGUAGCAUGUGGAACAUGGCAUUCAGCAUUAGCAACCUCCAAUGGGAAGUUGUUUACCAUUGGUGAUGGAAGAUUUGGUGUAUUGGGCCAUGGAGACCGAGAUAGUGUGGCAUAUCCAAAGGAGGUACAAUUAUUGAGUGGACAUAAGGCUAUUAAGGUUGCAUGUGGAGUGUGGCACUCAGCAGCCAUUAUAGAGGUUAUGGGUCCUUCUGGUUCAAACACUUCAGCCAAGAGGCUCUUCACAUGGGGUGAUGGCGACCAAUAUCGUUUGGGUCAUGUUAACAAGGAAACUUACCUUGAACCAACUUGUGUAGCUGCAGUUGCUGAGUAUAAUUUUCACCAGGUUGCAUGUGGGUACACUAUGACUGUUGCACUCACUACAUCUGGUCAUGUUUUUACUAUGGGAGGCACAGCAUAUGGUCAACUAGGAAAUCCAAAUUCUGAUGGAAAAGUGCCAAUUCUAGUCCGAGGUAAGUUAGUAGGAGAGUUUGUGGAGGAAAUAUCAUGUGGGGCCAAUCAUGUUGCUGUGUUGACUUCAAGAAGUGAAUUAUAUACUUGGGGGAGAGGUGCCAAUGGAAGACUAGGACAUGGAGACACAGAUGAUCAGAAAUCUCCAACACUGGUGGAAGCCUUGAAAGACAGGCAUAUUAAGAACAUCUCAUGUGGUUCGACCUUUACAUCUUGCAUAUGCCUACAUAAAUGGGUUUCUGGAGUUGACCAAUCUGUUUGCUCUGAUUGUCGACAACCAUUUGGUUUUACCCGAAAAAGGCGUAAUUGCUAUCAUUGUGGAUUGGUGUAUUGCCAUCCUUGUAGUUCAAAAAAGGCUUCAAAAGCAGCACUGGCUCCAACACCUAGCAAACCACAUCGUGUGUGUGAUGCUUGUUAUGCUAAGCUAAAAGGUUCUGAUAGUGCUUCCAAUUUUAAUAGGGACAUUAGUCGUCCAUCUAGUUCCAUAUAUGGAAGGGAAAGUUUUCACCGGGGAGAGGUAAGGUCUUCAAGAGUUCUCUUGCCUCCUACCAUAGAACCGGUUAAAUACCUUGAGAUUAGGACUAAUAAGCCUGGAAGUACACAUGACUCCAUAGUCCGAGCUGCUCAAGUUCCUACGACUUUACAAUUGAAAGAUGUUUCAUUUCCAAUUUCAUUGAGUUCUGUGCAGAAUGUUUACAAACCCGUUAUACAGCCAAGUCAACCUCCAACUCCACCAACAUCAGCUACUCCAAUACCCAUGUCACCAUAUGCUAGAAGACCACCAAGCCCACCGCGUUCUACCUCCCCUGGAUUUUCAAGAAGCCUUAUUGAUAAUUUAAGGAAGAAAAAUGAUCAUUUGAAUCAAGAAGUUACAAAAUGGCAAAACAAAAAUCAAAAUUUGGAGCAGAAGAGUGACAUGCAAGAUAUGAAGAUUCAGGAGCUUCAGAAAAAUAUUGAAGAAGCCAUGUCACAAUUUGGAGAGGAAUCUUCUAAGCUUAGAGAAGCAAAGGAAUUUAUUAAGUCCUUGGCAGAUAAGUUGAGGGAAGUGACUGAGAAGUUGCCACCUGAGAUUCCUGACAAAGAGACCUUGAGAACCAUGCAUGCUCAAGCUGAAGAAUUUCUACAUGAAGAAAAAGAUUUUGAAUCUUCUUCCUCCCCACAGAGCCUUGAGUCUGAGCAACAAAGUGCACCUGAUGUACCUGCCUCAGAUAGUGACUCUUCAAAACUCCAACAGCAAAGAGUGGAAGGAAAUGAUGAUGCUUCUGGGGUUGUUCCAUCUAUAGAUGGAGAAAAUAUUCUUGAAGAAAGCAGCAACUCAUCUGUAUCUAGUCUAGUAGUGAUUCCACCAAGCUCAGGAAAUGGUUCAAAAUUGCAUGACUCUGGUAUACCUGUGAAAGAAGGAGAAAAAUCAGUCAUUGAACAAUUUGAGCAUGGUGUUUAUGGCACACUCGUAGUACUACCUAGUGGUUACAAAGUUUUCAAACGAAUUAGAUUCAGUAAACGAAGAUUCAACGAGCAGCAAGCAGAAGAAUGGUGGAACCAGAACAAAGAUAAGGUGCUUAGUAAAUACAGUCCACCAGCCGCAAAAAAUUCAAAAACUGGAUCAUCUAUUACCCCUCCACAUGCUGAAGAGAAUAGUGAGGCUUUACCUUCUUCCUAAACUUACUUCUCUGGUUUACCUAGACAUACCAUAGUCUGCUGGAAUGAUCUAGAGAAUAGAGGCAACAUCAAUCUAUCAAGUGUAAAGAAAUCUAUAUUAGGAAAAUUAGUGUAAAAAACUUGGCAAUAUCUACAACAGUCUGGAUAUGACCCGCAAUAGAGGAUAGAAUAUGUAGUAAGGUUUAGAGGUAGGCAUUAAAUUUACUUUUGAUUAACAUGCUUUGGAUCUCAUUCUUUCCUUUUGACUCUUCCUCUAUAAAUCCCUGUGUUCUUGGGUCUUCAGACACAGAGCUCUUGUUAUUGGUAUUGUACAUUGGUACAUGUGUAAUUUAAUUCCUCUAA